AUGAGUGAGCCUCAGGUUUCCAACACUUUCAGCAUCCUUGUCUUCCUUUCCGGUCAAGCAAUUGAGAAGCCUGUCUCCGCGAAUGGAACGGCAGGUUUUCUGUGGUCUAAGAUGAAAGGCCGCGUGGAGGGAGACAGCAAGACGGAGCAAAAGACGAGUGCCUACAAUAUCCGAGAAUUUGGAGGCGAGGGAGAAGUGUACAUGGUUCACGACGACUGCAUUGAGGUCUGGGAUUGGGUGAUCCCGGGCAAAAUGCAAUCAGAUCGCCGUCUGUGGAUGGUAGCCAAAGUGACCGAUCUUGCGCCAAGGGGCUCUGUGCUCAAGGUGUUCCCCAUCUGUUCCCGAAGACAUCGAGGCGAGUAUUUUGCUUUGGUGCUUGUGCGGAAUGCGUAUAAGGAGCUACAGUUUCUGAUAGUCGACUUCAGCGCAGGGAACGUGACUGGGCUCACGUACGCUUUUACGGGUCUCGAUGUCAAUUUCGUUGUAAAAGGCUUGCGGUCUACACAUCAUUUUGCGAUCGGCUCUUCGAAUGGCACUGUUGCGGUCUACAAUGUGCGCUCAAGGAAAUUACUUGCCACCUAUCGUUGCAUAGUGGUCAAUAACGAGCCGGUAUUUGAUCUCUGUGGAGAUUGGCUGAUAUAUAAUGCGCCCUCGCAGUCUAAAACCUUGAACAAAUGGCGAGCGGAGCACGAACUUACACCGCUCAAGCUCUCCAAACAUGUCUCGCUGCUCAAUAAGCUGUGGAAAGGCUUAUCGAAAACAGCCCUAGACUCCGUGCUGAUGUUUUCAGAGAUCUCGCACUCAAAAUUCAAGAAAUUAUUCGGUCGAGAGGGCCUUGCACCAAACGGGGAACAAGCCUCGCGACUCUCCACUGACGACGAUGAGCUACUUCGAAGCCACAACUUCCGCGAAUUGCUUGCCGCCAUUCUCAACACACUGAACGUGAACUCAAACUACCUAGUGAUGGUUGACGUUGUGCGCAACCAGACAUUGUUCUGUUUUUCGCCGCCAGACGGCUGUUCUGCGGUCUCUCUUUCGCCCUUUGACCUAAGUGUUGCCACUGUAACAAACAGGGGUGACGACAUAUAUUUGUGGGAUUAUUCCAAGUUUGAUAAAGACAUCACGCUGCUUGACAAGUACAAGCGCGGCAAGACCUCUGCCGUGAUAUCUGAUAUCUUGUGGACUAGCAAUAACCAGUCGCUGGUACUUCUGAGUAAGCCUAACGGCUCGAUACACUUGUUUGUCAACGAAAGCCUGACCGGCAUGCUUCAAAGCCGACCUUCCAGCCGUCCAUUGUCCGACAAUCAGAAGCCCGAACAGACGCCAUUUGACUGGUGUAUCUCCAACGGAAAUAUUAAGAAGAUAUCGAUUCCCACGCUACCAAUGCCUUUGGACCAUCAGCGAUACCAUUCCGAGAUCAGUGCUCUCACAGAUGCGGGUAGCUUGGUGCGAAUAGACCAGGAGACAGGGAGGAUGAUAUGGAAGUAUACACCGCCCACGUCACCGUCCACUACCAGCAUGACAGGCAUGAAGGAGGUGGCGCCGGUUCCGCUGGAGCUGCAGUCUGUUGACCCAAUUGCCGAAGCGGAGGUCGAGACGUGCAAGCCGUUCCCGUUUGCUUACAACAAUAGGCGCAUACAAUUUGCGAAAUUCAAGGUUGCCAGCGAAAGCCUGCGGCUUGAUGGCUUUGGAAGUGUGGUGGCUGACUUUGAGGACGUCAAGUUUGGACGCUUUAAUGGCAGCGUCAAGUUUCACAGCACAAAAAGCGAAGAAGAGCUAGCUAUGGCUGCAAACGACAACUAUGGCUCUGCCACGGUACCGAAUGCUGACGAGAUGUCUCACGCCGCGGAAGCAUCGCUACAGUGA